UAGUCAUCCCAUCAACGAAUAUCGUCACGCGAUAGAGCCAAUCUCGGUGAAAAAUGGGUGUGAUGUGUUACGAUGAAUGCUAGCAUUAACAUCUUGCGAUUGACCCGCUUCCGGAAAGCUGUCUUUCUCUCGUCUGCUUCCCCUACCCUCUCAAACUUUCUCUACUUUGCGAAGAAGAGAUUUACUUCGCAUGUGGUUGUUGAAUGUAGGGAAUUGCACAUCUCUUACAUGAUACGAAUUAUGUUGAAAUUCAGUAUCGAGGUCUUGAGAUAAAUACCUAAAUGCUUGCGGUAUUUUUCUCUGACUGCGAUGAAGCCGUUGGGAUAAGUGCACCAAUGGUCCUUGGAGAUGCUUUUGGUGUCUAGAUGUGUGUAAAUUCCCCCCUUCAGUUUUAUUUAUUUUUGGAUUAGAGAGGGAAGUUCAGGUUGCGAUGAAAAGAAUUGCAAUCUUAGUUCAGAGACAGUGGGCAUGGCGGCUUUCGAGCACUUUGCUGCAGCGUCGGGCCUUUUCUGACAUUUCUGGUUCGGGCAUUGCUCGGGGAAAGGAUGAAGAGGUGACUAGGAAGGCUUUGGAAGCUGCUGCUCGCGAAGAUCGGUUGGAUUUUCAAACUGCUGCUCGCCUCCUCAUGUCAUCGCCUGCGGAUGAGCGCAAAUUCGGACAAAGAUUGAGCAGUUGUAGCAUGAAAGUGGAAAUUGGGGAGACAGAAUUAAGAGGUUUCAUGUUUGUGGGUCUGGUCAGGUGGGAUUUUCAUCUCGUGCAAUUCUUUUUUGCUUGUUUGCCGCCUUUAGCUGUCUAUGCUUUCGCACAAUACUCUCGCUACGAUCAGCGUCAAAUGCUGAAGGAACGAGAUACUAAAAUUGAGAAGCUAGUUGAAGCGGAGUUAGAGAUUGAGGUAGGUGUAGAGCUUGAAGAAGUCUCGGCUAUGCUUAAUUCAAGAAAUCCAGAUCUGGAAGCGUUAAAGCUGCGUCUUGAGGCUCUGGAGGAAAAAUUGUUGCAAUUGGAGCCAGCGCUCAAACAAAAUGGGAAUCUUCCGCCGAAGACAACAGACGCUGCUGCCGUUCCCCAGGAAAAUAGUACCCAUGUUUCGCAACAGGGAACGAAUCAACAAAAACCAAAACUAGAAGUUUCCGAACUUGAUACUCGUGGGUGCACCAGCACUGAGUCGAAGGGAGAAAGCAGAGCUAGAGGAUACUGGACAUGGUUCAUAGGAAAGAGAGGAGCAGUCUCUAGUGAUGUCCCUGCCAAAGAGCAAUAAUGGAAAUUGUCCAAAUCGGCAGCCACACCCAGUGUUUGGAAAAAUUUAAAUGAACUUAUCAGUUGUACUUAAAUAUUAGAUUUCUGGGUCAUGUCCACAGCAACAAUAAUUUACCAUGGCGUUGAGACCAAUGCUCCUCUAACUUUGGUCGACUUUACGGGAAUGUCUCUAGUUUUAAACAGUCCAGAGCUUUGAAGUUGACGAACAUCAACGUAUCAAAUGAAUAAGUCGAAUGAAACCUUCAUGUGAUAUUGGUGCUUAUUUUUUCACAUUACAGUAGUGUAGAUAGCGUAUUGCUUCGAAUACAACAGCACAUUAGCAUUGA